AACACGCGUCAUCUCAAUCCAACGCACAAAAUUGCGUCUCUUUCUCUUAUCAAGUUGGAAUCUUGCUCCCUUCUUUUUCUCUCGUUCUUCCUUUCUCUAUAUAUUAGCACCCCAACCCUGUCGGUGUUCAUGUGCGUCACUGCUUAAUCCUCGCUCUAACGCUCGAUCUUUGACUCUCUUCCCAUUCAAACAACCGAUUCCUCAAGACCCAUUUCUCCAUCCGAGUCCAACAACACUUGUCUGCUACUUCCUGGGAAAUCCAUUGAUCAUUUGGUGAGAGAUGAGUUUGAGUAAUGGCAAGAUUCACCCAGCAAAUGGUGCUUCUGAUGAGAAGGAGAAGCCCUUCAAGAUCUUUGUAGGGUAUGAUCCAAAAGAAGACAUUGCCUAUCAGGUAUGCCGCCACUCAAUCUUGAAAAGGUCUUCAAUCCCCGUUGAGAUCAUCCCAAUUAAGCAAUCAGAUCUGAGAAAGAGUGGCUUGUAUUGGCGUGAGAGAGGCCAAUUUGAGAGCACAGAGUUCUCCUUUUCAAGAUUCUUGACUCCUUGUUUGGCCAAUUAUCAAGGUUGGGCCAUGUUUGUGGAUUGUGAUUUCCUCUACUUAACAGAUAUUAAGGAAUUAAGGGACUUGAUUCAGGAUAAGUAUGCCAUCAUGUGUGUUCAGCAUGAUUAUACUCCAAAAGAGACCACAAAGAUGGAUGGGGCAGUGCAAACUGUGUAUCCAAGGAAGAAUUGGUCUUCAAUGGUGUUAUACAAUUGUGGCCAUCCCAAGAACAGUGUUCUAACUCCUGAAACUGUUAAUUCACAGACUGGUGCUUACCUUCACAGGUUUCAGUGGCUUGAGGAUGAUGAAAUUGGUUCAAUCCCAUUUGUUUGGAACUUUCUUGAAGGGCAUAACAAGGUUGUUGAGAAUGAUGCAACCACUAAGCCAAAGGCAAUCCAUUACACUCGUGGAGGGCCAUGGUUUGAAGCAUGGAAGCAUUGUGAAUUUGCUGAUCUAUGGCUGAAUGAAAUGGAAGAGUACCUCAAGGAAGCCAAGAAAGAGAAUACCAAUUAGAUUUGGUUGAACCUUGGUGAUGAUAUAAUAGAAUGCAUAUGUCAUUUGUUAAGAUUCAGUUGUCGCUUGUGUAUUAUUCUUUUAUGUCAAAUUCCUUUAUGCAAAAAUCUUAAGAGAGUAGGAGUAUAACCACUGCUAGUCCAUAAUAUGUUGUCUUGUAGUUAAGUAUUCUUUAUUGUAUUACACUACAUUUAAGUUGGCAUUUCAGAGUAAAUGCUUUUCAUGGGGUAUUUCAAUUUUUUAUUUGUUUGAUGAUGAUGACCUUUGAUGGCUCUUUCAGAGAUAUAAGUAUCACUACUGAUUCACUAUGUAAUGAGUAUUUUAAUGAACCUUUCACUAUUAUUAGUCGUACUA